AUGAAUAAUAAUAGUAAUAGUAGUCAUAAUAAUAAUAUAGAUGAUAAUAGUAACAGUAAUGGAGGUCAUACUGUAGUUUCACCACCAAAAAAGAAAGCACAAAGUAAAGCAAAUGAAUCACCAAAAAACCCCAAUUCAAAUCCUCCACCAAAAAAAUUAAAAACCAAAGGUAGUAUCCAGUCAAAUAGUCCACAAAGCAAUACCUCAGCUCCACUUAUUACAGAUUAUUUCCAAGUAAUACCAAAGAUUCCUAGUGAAUUUAGUGAUGGCACUCGUAAUAAUACCACAUCCUCAUCUAACACCUCCCUUAUAUCACAAUCAACACCUAACGAAACCCCAUCUUCUCCAAAUACAUCAACACCAAAAACUACAACCCAUUUAGAUUUUAACCACGCUAGUUCACCAAUAACCAAUAGCCCCAAAACCACUACAACUACAACUACCACAACUACAACCACUACAGCCACCACAGCCGUUACAACCAGCCCUGUUGCCAACACCAAUACCAACAUUAGCAAUAAUAAUAAUAAUAUAAUUCUCAAAAGAACCAAGAAAAAAUCAAAGGAUAAGAAAGAUGGUGAUAAUGAUAAAAAGAAAUCUACUAAAAAAAUCGAAAAAUCUAAAGUUGAUAAAAGUACAACAAAACCAAAGGAAAAGAAAAAAAAAGAUAAAGAAAAAGAGAAGGAAAAGGAAGAAAAGGAAAAAGAAAAAGAAAAAGAAAAAGAAAAAGAAAAGGAAAAAGAAAAAGAAAAAGCAAAGAAAAAAGGAAAAAAGAAAACAGAUCAAAAAGAACCAGAGGAAAAAAAUUUUGAAACAUUACUUUUUUCAUCAAAUGCUAUUUUAAACAACAUCGAAAUCGGGUCUUUUAACAGCGAUGAUAAAAACUCAUAUGAAGAAUUGGUUUUGGAUGAAAGUGAUAAUGAUGGAGAAAUCUUUGCCUAUACAACAACAACAAUAGCAAUCAAUUCACCUAAUAAGAAUAUUACACCAAAAAAGAGACAGUUUGAUGAGCUUAAUACUCAGCCCUCUCAAAGUGAUGACACAGAAACUACAAAAUCAAGCAAACCUAAACUCUAUACCACCAACACAACAACUACCUCCUCACCAACCAAAGUCUCACCAAAUAAAACCAAUAUUUCAAAUACACCAUCUACUAGAACUAUAACCCAAGAAGUUAUUGAUAUCAAUGAUAAUGAUGAGGACAAUGUUAAUAAUAGCAAUUCACAAAAUACUUUUGUAGAUUUAGUUUCUGACGAUAGCAGUGAUAUUGAAAUAGCAGGAGUAAAAAGAAAAAAUAGUAAUUUAGAAGAAUUUUCAAUAAGAUCAAUCGAGUCAGAAAGUAUUUUAAUUCCAUCAGAUGACGAAAUUGAAUUAUAUGAACCAAAUAAAAAUAAAGCCAAUACUAGUAUAAAUAUGAAUAAUAUAAAUAACAGCGCCACUAUCCCAAUUAAUAAUAGUUUUGAAAUAAAUAAAGAAAAAGUUGUCAAUACAAAUAAUAUCUUAAAUGAAAUCAAUAGUAUAAAUGAUAAAAGCGAUAGUGAAAACAGUGAAAUUAAUAGCGAUAGUAAAACCCAAAAUAAUAGUAUAAAAAGAAAUAAUAACUCUCCCAAAAAACCAACUGAACUAGAGAUUGAUAGUGAAACCACCACAACUUUAAAUAAUAAUGAUAAAAAUAAUUCUUUUAAUAAUAGCAAUAGCUAUAAUAUUAAUAAUAUUAUUAAAAAUAUAGAGAUGGAAAGUAGAAAAGAAACUGAAGUUGUUAAAGGAGUUGAGGAAAUGGAAGAAAUGGAAAAUCAAAUGAAUAUUCAAUAUGGAAAUGAAAUGAAUAUGGAUAUUAAUAAAUACAAAACAAAUAUUAAUAGUAAACAAUCUUUAGAAAUAUAUCAAAAACCACCAAAAAUUGAUAAAUCAGCUAUUAUUAAAUCAAUUAAUUCAAUUUUUCUUGGCGCAAUUCAAAAGAUUUCAGAUUUAUUGGGUAAUUUUCAAAUCAAUGUUAAUAAAGAUGAUGGUUGUUUUAUCAAUAUAGAUUCAGAGGCAUUGGAUGAACCUAUUCAAAUACCAUUUAAUCACUCAAUAACAGCAAUUGUCAAAAAGCAUCAUGGGUCUCAUUUUCGUAAUCCAUCGUUCCAUAAAAACCUUCAAACCACUCUUGAAAGUCUAAGAGAUGAUCGAUGUGAAUGGGCCACAAUUGUAAGGGAUACUAAAGAAGUUAUAGAGCAGUGUACUGUUUGCAGGGAAAUUAGUAAUUUAACAACUGCUUCAGCUUUAAGGGGUACAGGUAAAACAGUUGAUGCUAUCGAUGAAAGUGAAGCCACAGAUCAAGAAAUUGAUAGCGAAGAUGAAGACAAUAUUAGCAACGAAGAAGAUGAAGAGGAUGAUGAAGAAGAAAGCAAUGAGGAAGAAAAAGAAGAGGAUGAUGAAGAAGAGGAGGAAAAUUAUAGAGCAUCAAAAAAAAAAAAAAAUAUUACAAAUCAAAGAUCUCACCUUAAAAAGAAAAAAUUCAACGAAUUUGAAAUGGUUGACUUAUUUGCAUCAAAAGAAUGUAACUAUUCACUAUCACAGCAAUACAAAUUCAUGAAAUCAUUAAAGCAAGUUGAUGGAAUUAGAAGGUUGAAAUAUACUGAAUAUAUUCAAAUCUAUAGCGAAAUGAGGGCAAAUAUUCCAGAUCCAAAGGUUUUAAAACAAUAUACAAGUUUCAGUCAAGAAGUUUAUGGUGAAGCUAACCCCAAAUUAAUUAGACAAUGGAUUCGAUUAGGCCUAGUUAAACCAAGCGAUGUUUUUUGUGAUAUUGGUUGUGGUAUUGGUAAUGUUUUAUUCCAAGUGGCCUCAAUGGUUGGUUGCAGAGUGAUUGGCUUUGAAAUUCGUAAAGAUCUUUUUGAAAUUUCUCAAAAAAUGCUAAACACCUACAGACAGUGCUCCAAAGAACUUGGUCUACACGAAUCAACUCAGAACAUAGAGUUUUACAAUUGCGAUAUCAAAGGUCAAUUAGAUUUUGAUUUUUCCAAAGUUAAUGUUUUCUUUAUGCACAACACCUGUUUCCCUCCAGACCUCGAACUCUAUAUUAUGGAACUAUUCAAAAAACACUCAAGUAAUGACACAAAGGUAUUAACAAUGAAAACCUUAUGCCCACGUUUUAAACCAUCAGAUAAAAUAAGAAAACCAUGGGGUAUCUUUAAAUAUCCAUAUGAAUCGUAUGAAAUGGCUGAAGGCUCACUCUCAUGGAAAUCAGCUUAUAAAUGCAGCUUCUAUUCAUUCACCAUCGAUGACAAAGAUAACUUUACAAAUACUGACCCAAGUAAACUUCAAAUCAACUCUAUAGACCAUUUACAACUAAUCAAGAGUAGAAAAGAAAAAAUUGUUGAAGAUCCUUUUGUAGAUUCUGACGAAGAAACAUUUAUCGAUAAAAAUAAUAAAAAUAAUAAAAACAAUAAUAAUACAUAUAAAAUAGUUAAUGAAGAGGAAAUAGAUAAAGAUAAUACAGAACAUAAAAAAAAGAGACCAGAAAAACAACAAAAAUCACCAAAGAAAAGAAAAAUACAAACAAUCAUUCAUAAUAUUAAUAUUGAUGAUAUUGAUAUUAAUGAAGAAAUUAGCGAAGAUGAAGAAAAUGUUAUUACAUUCGAUAUCAAUUUAAACAACUAUAGAAAUAAAAGCAACACAGAAAAAGAAAAAGAAAAAGAAAGAGAAAAAGAGAAAGAAAAAGAUAAUAUUGGUAAUGAAUUAGAAUUUAACUUUACAGUACCAAAUACAACAACAUCAAUGUUAACAUUAAACUCAUCACCAAACUCACCAUCAUCUGCAAACACUACUGCACCAUCAACACCCAUCUCAAGUACUCCAAAAUCAAAAUUAGCAACUGAUUUAAUACCUGGCUUUAGGAUUGAAAAGACUUUUGCAACACCACCAUUAACUAGAUCAAGUGCAAGUACAGAAACAAAUAGAUUAGUCCAAGGUUGCUAUAAGAGCCUUAUCUCAUAUGUUUUACCCAAAGAAGAAGUAGAGUUACACAAAAAACAAUUACAAGAACAGCUUUUAGAUCACCAAAGAAAACUUGAACAAAAACAUAUACAACAUCAACUACUACUACAACAAAGACAAGUAACACAACAACUACAAAAAAAUUUAAAAAAGAAUGAUAAAUAA